UUGACACUAUUGCACUAAAACUGGACCCUUACUUUGCAGAUCUGAUGGAUUUGAAGAGGGUGCUGUCUUUCCCUCCAUAUCCAGGGGACUAUUUGCACCCAGUGGUGUACGCCUGCACUGCAGUGAUGUUGCUCUGCCUGCUGAUUUCUAUCAUGACAUAUGUAGUACACCACAGCAUAAUCCGAAUCAGCAGGAAAGAAUGGCACAUGCUUCUUAACUUCCUCUUCCACACUGCCGUGACGUUUGGGGUGUUUGCGGGAGGCAUCAACCAGAUCAAAUACCCUGUGCUCUGUCAAGUGGUUGGCAUUAUCUUGCACUACUCCUCCCUCUCUAGCAUGCUAUGGCUGCUGUUCACUGCCAGAACUAUCUGCAAUGAGGUGUCCAAAGCCCCACCCAUAUCCUUGGACAGAGACCCUCCCAAACAGCCACGCCCUAAAGCCACCAUUUUCAGGUUUUAUCUAGUGAGUGGUGGAGUCCCCCUAAUCAUAGUGGGAGUUUCAGCUGCUGUAAACUUGGAUAACUAUGGUAGCAGAGAUGAUGCCCCUUAUUGCUGGAUGGCCUGGGAACCCAGUCUGGGAGGCUUCUAUGUUCCCAUUGCCUUCUUGGUUUUGGUAAUGUGCAUCUACUUUCUAUGCACAUUUGUGCAGCUAAAGCAGCACCCGGAGCGCAAGUACGAGCUGAAGCCCAUGACUGAAGAACAGCAACGUCUAGCCGUGGCUGAAAUCGGCCACUGCCAUGCUGUCAGUGGAGAGCCAGGAGAGCACGGUGAUCAUUCAGGCUGCACUGCCAUCACGGCCUCCAUGUUGGCCAAUGAGCACUCUUUUAAAGCUCAAUUAAGGGCCGCUGCCUUUACGCUCUUCCUCUUCCUGGCCACUUGGGUGUUUGGAGCACUGGCUGUAUCACAGGGCCAUUUUCUGGACAUGAUCUUCAGCUGUCUAUAUGGAGCAUUUUCAGUCACGUUGGGGCUUUUUCUGCUUAUUCAGCACUGUGCAAAACGUGAUGAUGUCUGGCACCGGUGGUGGGCCUGUUGCCCCAACAAACCAAAGGUGGAGGUCAACGGGGAGGCAGCAGGUAAUCCUGACCCACCCGCCCAAAGUCACAGCCAUACACCAUCCCAUGGGCAGAACCAAAUCCACUGCCAGGUAGACACUUCCUGCACAGAUACACCUCUGCUCUCCCCACACCUCCACUCUCCAUCUCCGCACUGUAAAUUGGGUACUUUACCCUCCACCCAGAACCAAACAAGCACCUGCUGCGCCACCCUGCACAGUCCCUCACCCUUGCUUGGGAGCCGCCCACAGUCCCUCCCCGAUGAAUUGCCACGCACAACUCUGCCCCUGCAAAGCUGCUUAAAGGACAGGUCUAAGACUCGCUCCUUCAACCGACCUCGGCCCUGCCUCAGGGACUAUUCUUACCACAUGACGUCCACCAGCAUGGACGGCAGUGUGCACAGCUCCCACCUGGACAGCCCUCACAGCAUGCACCUGGACAACCCGCUCACCUGCCACGCCUCACACUUGGAUACUCAGCUGUCUUGUCACAGCCCCCACCCUGACAACCAGCUGCGGUGCCCCAGUCCCAGUCCUCACCUCGAGAGCCUGGCCUCUCACAGCCUGCACGAUAGCAUCUCCUGCCAUAGUGCACACUUGGAUUGUCAGCUCUCCUGCCAUGACGGACACACCUGCCACAGACACAUGUGCUGCACCAAAGCAGACCCGUUUUCAAGCAUAUGCUGCCCCAAAACUGACCCCUUUACUGGUACUUGCCAGGUAGGGGACCCUAACAUGGGACCACUAAUGUAUAGUUGUCCUAAGAUGGCUGAUAAAGAGGAGGAUGUAAUGCUGCAUUUGGAUAUGACCCCUCCACGGGUGACUCUGUCAUGCUCCCAGGCCACGCUCAGCAGGAAAGGCACUCUCAGCCGGAGAGGGACAAUAAGCCGGAACAAUAGUCAGCACGAGGACUACCUACUUACUUCUGAUUCCACAGGUAACAUUAGGACUGGACCUUGGAAAAAUGAGACCACUGUGUAGGCCUGUGACUGAGAGCCAGCAACCUGUUUCUUGUCUGAGCUAAACUACUGUGUAGUCCCAGGUCUGUAACCCAAAGGCCCUCUCUCCUGUGAGCUAAGCUACUGUGUAGUCUUUCCGCUGUGACUUCCCUCUCUUAUCUGUCGAUACAUUUUCUUCCCCUUCAAAGAUGAGAUAACACCUCUGCUUACCUCUUUCAGAUAUCUUUUCACAAUCAACUCAGCUACAUUUAGUUUUAUCCUCUUGCCAUUCUGAAAUGGCAGCAAAGAACACAUGACAUGCAUUUAAUUGGGAUGAUCUUUUAUAAUCAAACUGGUUUUUGUACAUGUAUUUUUGGGUACGGUUACAUAAUGUGCAAUUAUGUCAUUGUGGACUUACUGUAUGUGUGUUAAGUGUGGGUGAGAAAUCAAAGAGUGCAUGUGUUUAUAUGUCUAUUUGCAUGUGACAACAUGCUCGUGUUCAUAUACCCGUUAACAAGAUUUCCAGUAGUGCAAGGUGAGUCCUCUCUUUUGGAGCCAAAAUCGCCCACAUUUCCGGUUUGCAUUUUAGUAAAACAAAAAAUGUGUCACCAAGUGGGAAAACACCAGCACUUUUAACUAGUAGCAUAUAUUCAAUUUAAAAAUAAAACUGAACAGACAUUGAGAUUAGUCAAUGAACAUGGCUAUUUUUAAGUUCAGGUGACAGGUCUUGGUGUCAUUUAUAUGUGCCAAACGUUAGAAUUUAUAUAAUUAAAAUACAACCUUUAAUCUACCCCCAAAAGUACCAAGUAGUCUGUGAUACGUGGAUAAUGUUGUGUGGCUGCCACAACUAAACUGUCAUUAUUUCAUCUUCAGCGAUAAAACAGCAAACAAAUAGGCUCCCUGUGUUUCCAUGGUGACAAAUCACGAAGAGAGGUGCCCAGCCAGAAUGCAUUUUGAACUGCACAUGUGAUGUAUGCGCACACAAUAUUUAGUUACUGACAGCAAGGUGCAGAACAGUUCAAGUCAAUGGCCUUAUAAUAACCAUCAGUUAUAUACAUUGAUCAAAAGUCUAAAGUUGCACUAAAUCAUUCAAACAUGUUCGCCAUAACGAAAAAUUAUUUUCUACUCACCUAAUGAGCUACAUACAGUCAUAUGAUUGCCAACUUAAUGGAAACACUGGAGCUUGUAGUAACCCCAUGUGUCAUUACUCAUUUUUAUACUGAGCCAAUUACGGAGGGCUUCACUUUCCAAGUUUGUAGGAAGGAGACAGGUUCUCAUUAACAGAUUAUAUCUAGUCACUGUGCCAACUCACUUUGCACACAGGAAUCAGCUGAUUUACUGAACAUACUGAAGCUUUUAAGAUCUAAGAUGUUGCCUGGACUGGAAACUUAUGUAGCUGUGAAACAGUGGGCAAAGCAGUGGGUAAAUUAUGACAAAUACAUGGUCACAGAGGUAUACAUUUGUCUGCUCUCAUUAAUGUUGUGAUCAUAUUUGUCACAUUUUGUUUUUAAUAUAUUGUGCCAUUUAAUGAAUGAAAGUGGCAACAGAAGAUAUUGGAGUGAUGUGAACUAUUUGAAAGAUUCCUUGUUUAUGUUGUUUAUUUGUGAGCUCAGGGAUCACGUUGCAUCUUUCACUCGUAAAACCACACAGAAAUACAUUUGCAUGGAAUUGAUGUUAUUUACCCCAGAGUCUUUCACCAAAUUAGAGUUAGGCCUUUGUUACUCAAAAUGCUCCUCAACAGAACCAUGUGUUCUGCAGAUGUGUAGUACAUGGAUACUAAUAAGCCCUCCUUUGAAGUUCUGGUGGACAUUAAAUUUAUCUACCUGCCUGAUUUACCAAGUCUUGUGCUUUAUCUUCACCCACAACAUUUAUAUGAGAGAGCUGCAGCGUUUUAAUUUUUUGGUCAGUUCAUGUGAUUUUUGCACUAACCUGACCCAA